UCUUGUGAUAAUAACUAUUGUAUGUGGUUGCGCAGCCUCAUCUUUGUAAUCAUCUAAUGUGGUUGGGUGGCCCAUCCAGUGGCCAAGGUCGGUACCGUAAUGGGAGCUAUAGUUCACGCUUGAAGCAUCGCUCCUCCACACCACUUCCAACGAACGGCAUCCGUCAUGCUCUCUGCGCCAUCACGCUGCUCGGCCUCUGCAUCCUCGUUCCAAUAGACGGAUUUCGCGAUAUUCCACGCUUACCGGCUGAGGUAUGCCGCCCUCUGGGCACGCAGUAGCUCAAGCCUCUCAGACUCUGAAAAAUACAGCU